UUUCAGUAUUGAUUAUCAAAAGCUUUGUUUAUAAAUACUAAUUCCAACUCCAAUAAGAAGCACUAAAUAGACGAUAUGACUCCACAGGACGCAGAUUUAGCAUUCAAAACCAAGAAAACUUCCGAAAAAAUAUGCGAAAACAUACAUAUUGUAGCCAAUGAUCCAUCACUGGCAUUUUUUCGCAUUCAGGAGCAUGUAAGGAAGGUGCUACAGCCAAUUUCAGAUAAACGGGCAGAAGUUAUACAGUUGCAAACAAAUUUACAAGGGCAUUGCUAUGACAUGGAAUACGCAGUUGGCGCCGUUAAAGGUGUGGAGCAUUCUGAAGCUAUUUUCAAAAAUAUACAAGAAAUGAUAAAAACUUCAAUAUUUCUUAAACAACAACUGAAGUAUGGAGAACUAAAGAACAAGUCAAAGAAAGACUCAACUACUAACUCCGUUUAUAAGCGUUUCUCAGCACAUUUAACAUUGGAUUUACCGGAAUUGCCGGAUUUUAGUGGUGUUAUGCGCGAAACUAGUCAACGAGUAGAAACUAUGAUGACAUCCACAACUAGAGACAACAAUGUGCCACAAAGUAGUACCAGCGAAUUGCAGAGAUCGUAUACUACAUUACAUUAAAAUUGAAGUUAGUUAAGUAAAAUUAUUAUUAACAAAUAUUAGUUCUACCUAUUUAUAAUUUUUUUAC